AUGGCGGACCCUACCCUGAAACUCAACCCCCAAGCGCCGGUGUUCGUCUGCAGUGAUCCUCAUGAGAAAAAGGAAGCCUCCAACAAAGUGUUGUGUACUGAAAGUGGGGUUCUUGGAGAUAAAUCGGAUAUGGCAGAAGCCGCUGAAGUCAAGGAAGAUAACAAGGACCUGACACAGGAUAAUAUGAUUGCUUUGGCCAGCACAAGGUCACCCGAUUGGCACCAUUUUCAUGGCCCAAGAGAGAGGUGGAUUCGCUUCAAGGUGCCAUCCGAGUCCUCUUCCUCUUCCUCCUUCACUGAACCGAAUUUUCUACCAGCGAAAUCCACAUUUACACAUGGCGACACGGCAGUUUGUUUUCGGAUCUCGGAUCGACCAAUCGCCGGUAAGCUGGCUUUUCAGGCUUUUGUGACGCGUUCAAAGUCUCCAAUGAAGAAAGAGUUACAUCCAGAGAAUGUUGCUCACUCUGCCCGACUCGAGUUCAAUCUUCAUCCCUUUGUUGACCGGCGAAUCCAACGUUGUGUCCAAAACUUCAGUUAUACUGAACAUCUCCCCACAAAGCCGAAGGAAGGCGAUGAGGCGGACAAGGGAAGCAAAGUCGAGUAUAUCGCUCCUUGCUAUAUUGACAUUGAGUUUGACACUACUGGCGGAAUAUCUCAAGGCCUUUCAGAUGGGCACGAGUUCAACCGUGAGACCAACGAGCUCUUCGUUUACAUGUAUAGCCUGACAAGGAAUGCCUCAACUAAGCCCCGUACGGUCAAUCUUCGCGUCGAUAUCGACCCUCGGGAUGUAUCUCGACUGACGGGAUUCCUCGAAACACUAAAGGACAUAGCCAACUUGCAUCCUACAUCCGCGGCUUGGUCCCCGUACCGUGCACAUGGUGGAGAAGUGCGGAUUCUUUUUGGACAGCAGAAGCCUCGUGUUAUUGUUCACCAAGGUUGGGGUUCGGAUAUGGUGAAGUUCCGUGGGCAAUCGCAUUUCUACGAUAUCGACGCUUAUUUAGUCAAGAUGGCCUAUGGCGCAGUGCUCGAAUGGAGACGGCCCUAUGAAAUGAUUAAAAGAAUCCAACUGAUCCCCGCUUCUAUCAAGUUGAAAAGAAUUGGCGAAUCGAUUGUCGCUAUUGCUAUGCUGGACAGAUAUGCCUUUAAGGAGGAUCUCCUCCCACCUGAGAUGAAGGGAAUGGAGCUGAUUCUGCCCGAGUUCACGGAGGUCGAAGUCAUUGUUCGUGUUCCUAAGGGCUCAGGACCAACGAUGGAAUGGAAAGGUAGUGGGUUCACAGUACCUGGAUACAUAGAAGACGAGGACCCUAGCGCCAUUCAGAUCGUGCUUUACGGUCCACGCCUGGGAAAGCUCUUGAACACCGACCAGGACAGUGCCAUCGUCGAACAUCCCGUGUCCCUCAAGUUCGAGAUCAACAAGGCGCCUAUCAGAAGGUCCAUCAACGCUCUUGCGAAGCUGAAGGCUAACGAGAAUGAAGUUGCAAGAUGGUUCCCGCUUUUGCUCAAUCAUGAGCCUAAUGCCUUGCCCGACGUCGACCUUCUCCACGGGAUUGACCCGAACCUCAUCCAAUCUGCAUUACGGCAUCUACUUCAGCUAAAGCAGUGGAAUGCGGACAAGGUCGCCGCGUUUCGGUCCGUGCGUAAUACAAAGGCGGGUUGCUCGCUCUUGGAGGGGUUUCCAGGAUGUGGCAAGACCACAGUCCUGGCCGCCAUCGCAAUCUUCCUCCAUCUUUGUGGGUUUGAUAUACUCCUAGUGGGACCCAGCAAUGCAGCUGUCGAUGCGCUAACUAGAGAAUUUAAAGAGCUGGCACCUGAGGUUGAAUAUGUUCGUGUGCGCCGUGGAGAAGUCGAGAAACGCUCCAGAACAACUGCAAACCCCAGGGAGAGUGCUGAUGGUGAUGAGGAACACGCAGAAGUUGAAAUACACUCUGCUUUGAUGGGUCUCAUCAUGACUAUGAAGGAAUCGCGUUCUCGAAAAGUGGAAGGAGAUCUGGAGCAGAGCGUGUUAACUUACGUUCAAUGGAAAUGUAACACUGUGUAUGCUGCUGGCGAGGAGUUUGUCUUGAAUGUGGCGAUUUCUACCCCAAAGAAGCAGGUGACAGCCCCUAGAAAUGCCGAACCUGACUAUACGGAGGACUUGCAAGAUGCCUAUAGCGUGGUUCGUGAGUACCUCAGCCAGCCAAAGGUCCCCCGGCCCAAGGACGCGUCCUGCGAGGAUCUUGAGAAAUGGUCCAAGAGAGAAACUGCAUUCAAAAAGUCCUAUGACGCGGUUUCUGAACUCAUCAUUCAGGAGGCUCGUGUGGUUGCCUGUACGAAUAAUCUGGCAGGAACUGAUCUUGUCCGACGAAACUUUGGUACCAAGGGAAAAGGGAUCAUCAUUAUUGCAGAUGAGGAUGGCCAAGCCACAGAACCUGACGCCAUUGUCCCACUAGUCUCUCUCGAUAAUGCAGACAAGUUAUCAGCAAAUGAAUCUCCUGGGUACAACGAGUUCGGCGCCCAGAUAGGGAAAUCUCUUUUUGAUAGACUCCGCUGCGCGAGGUUUCCAGUGGCUAUUGUCUGUCAGCAACAUCGCAUGCGUCCUAGUCUUUCGAAAUUCCCUUCCGACUUCACAUACGAAGGGAAGAUGACAAACGAUCCAUCCGUGGAAGCAAUUACAUUGAAUCCCGUGUUUUCUCAGAAACUCCUUGUAUGGCUCAAGCUCCAAGCCAACGAUGUCGAAUUCAGGAACGAGAUAGAACUUAUCGGGCUUGACGUAAGCGAUGGAAACUCGGUCACCAACCCUACAACAUAUUCAAGAUCCAAUGUGCGCAAUGUUGCAGUAGUUAUGGAUCUAAUUGAGUAUCUCAUUACUGAAAACGCACUUUCUGGUUUGUCUUGCUGCAUCCUACCGACAUAUGCCGAUCAAAAAAAGGCUUACAUUAAUUCAAUGCUCAAUCUUUCCCGCAAACAAAGCAUUGCUUGGGAGGACAUGGUUUCCGUAUUUACGGUAGAUGGAAUGCAGGGCAACCAAGCCGAUAUCGUCAUAGUCGACUGGGUCGUUACCUUUGGAGAACCGAGUGACUUGGGCUUCGCCUCUGAUAACCGCCGCGCCAACGUCGCUCUUACGCGUGCACGUGCUUGUCUCAUUGUGGUUGCGAACGGCCAAAUAAUCAACAACAAUCGACUCGACGGUGACGAAGCCAGAAUGAAGGUGCCUCCAGAGAUCCUCGUCCAUUGGAAGCACUUGCUUGACAAUGACCUAGUUGUCCCAUGCGCUGGUGCUCUUCGUGAUAUUGUCGAGGUAGAUGAAAAAGCAGAUGUCCCGAAGGCCGAUAAUACCAUCCAGAAUGGCUCUGCAGCCAAGGCCCCCUCAGAAUUGGUAACCAUGACUUCAUGA